AUGAAGCGCAUCUUCUCCUGCUCCAGCUCACAGGUGUCGGUGGAGAGAUGGAACCGCCGUGAUCAGAAGCUGCUGGAAGCAGUGCAGCGGGGGGACGUGGGGCGCGUGGCCGCUCUGGCCUCCAGGAAGUCAGCCCGACCCACCAAACUAGACUCGAACGGCCAGUCCCCGUUUCAUUUGGCAGCCGCCAAAGGCCUGACCGAGUGUCUGACUAUACUGCUGGCAAGUGGGGCGGAUAUCAACAGCAAGAAUGAGGACGGAAGCACUGCCCUGCACUUGGCCACCAUCUCCUGCCAGCCACAGUGCGUUAAGGUCCUGCUGCAGCAUGGUGCCAAUGAAGAUGCCGUGGAUGCAGAAAACCGUAGUCCAUUGCACUGGGCAGCCUCCUCUGGCUGUGCCUCAAGCGUGCUCCUGUUGUGUGACCAUGAAGCCUUCCUGGAUGUUCUGGAUAAUGAUGGUCGGACACCACUGAUGAUUGCAUCGCUGGGUGGUCAUGCAGCUAUUUGCUCCCAACUGCUGCAGAGAGGUGCCCGAGUUAAUGUCACAGACAAGGAUGACAAAUCCGCUCUGAUCCUGGCCUGUGAGAGAGGCAGUGCUGAAGUGGCUGAGCUUCUCCUGAGCCAUGGAGCGGAUGCAGGGCCAGUGGACAGAAUGGGGAACGAUGCUUUGCAUUAUGCUCUGCGCACACAGGACAAGGCACUAUGGAGGCUGCUACGACAGGCCAUGAAGAGGCGGCGGCGGGGAGGUCAGGGACUAGUUCAACACCCAGAUCUUGCAUCCCAGGCCUCGUCAUCUGAGCCUCAGGUGGGCUCUCCACCUAAGAGCUCAUGGAGAGCAGAGCCCGAAGAAGAGCAGGAGGAAGAGGAGGAUGAAGAUCUGAGUUCAGAGGAGUGGAAGUGGAAGUUUGAAGAGGAGCAGAGGAAAGUUUCUCAGUUGAAACAAGAGCUAGUGCAAAAGACAGAAGAGUGUAAGAGUCAAGCUGCAGCCUACUUGGACCUGGAGAACCAGAUUCGAGAGCAAGUGCAGGAGUUGGGGCUUUUCCUAUCUCAAGAGCCUGGAGCUUCAGAAAGGCAAGGUUAUAGUCUCCGAUCUGGUGGGGAUGGCAUGGAGCAGGGUUGUCCACUAGACUUGCUGGCUGAGCGCAUACAAGAGCUAAAGAAGCAACACCAGGUAGCCGCAGCAAAUCCAACAUUAACUCCCAAGAAGACCCAAGAUUCACCCUCAAGAGAAAUCCAGUAUGAAGCCCAUGGAAGGUCUCAACUAGAAGAAGAGGGGCUACCACAAAGCCCAAGGUUUGAGACUGCUGGGAAGGCUAUGGGACAGCAAGUAUCCACCAGUGGGGGUGAGACCCUUGAUCCCAAUCAUAUUGACCAACUGUGUGCUGACCAGAAGGAAAGGCCUCAGACCCCAGGGGCUGAACCAGCAGGCACAGAGGCUGAACCAGUGGGCCCAGCAGCCAUGAACCAGCUCCUGUUACAACUAAGGGAGGAGCUGGCUGCUGUAUGGCGAGAAAAGGAUGCAGCCCGGGGAGCUUUGUCAAGACCAGUCCUGGAGGGGGCCUUGGGGACUCCCCAGGCUGAGGCUGUUGCAGCUGCCUGGGAGAAGAUGGAAGCCAGGUUGGAGCAGGUGCUGGUGAGGUUGGAUAGAGCAAAGGCAGGACUACAGGUGAAGCCUGAGAGCCCUGUCCAGGAACCCAGAGAGGAAACCCCAAAGGCAACCCCAGGGACCAUCACCAAAGAGGAUGAAGGGAAGGAGAAAAAAGGCCCUGGGACCCGAGGAGAGCCAUUAGGAGCACCUGGAGGGGAGCAGGCCCCAGGAGGAGGCCUGCCAAAGGUACAGCUGGAGAAAGAGGUGUCAGCCCUGAAGCUGAGCAACAGUAACUUACUAGAGGAGUUGGGGGAGCUGGGACGGGAGCGACAGCGGUUACAGGGUGAGCUACAGUCCUUGAGUCAGCGGCUACAUCGGGAGUUUGUGCCCAAGCCAGAGGCACAGGUCCAGCUACAGCAGUUGCGACGAAGUGUGGGGCUGCUGACAGAUGAACUGGCCAUGGAGAAGGAGGCCACAGAGAAGUUGCGGAAGCGUCUAGCGUCCCAAAGCAGUGGUCUCAGAGGGUUGUGGGAUUGCCUGCCCCCAGACAUCGUAGGCAAGGGCAGCGCCCGGAGGAGCAUCGCAGCCGAGCCCCUGGAGGAUCUGCAGGCCUGCAUCAGCACCCUGGUGGAAAGGCACCGGGAGGCCCAGCAGAUGCUGGCUCGGCUGGAGGAGGAAAAACAGCAGCUGCGGGGAACCCCGGCCCAGUGUGGGGGACUAGAGAUCUCCUCAGUGGUCCCAGCAUCCCCUCAAGUGGCUGCUCUGGAGCAAGAUCUGGGCAAGCUGGAGGUAGAGCUGCGGGCCGUUCAGGCCACGAUGAGUGGGAAGAGCCAGGAGAUCGGCAAGCUGAAGAAACUGCUCUACCAGGCCACCGAGGAAGUGACCGAGCUUAGGGCUCGGGAGGCUGCCAGCCUGCGGCAGCACGAGAAAACUCGGGGAUCCCUGGUAGCCCAGGCUCAGGCUUGGGGCCAGGAGCUGAAGGCCCUGCUAGAAAAAUAUAACACAGCCUGUCGGGAAAUGGCUCGGCUCCGGGAGGCGGUGGCGGAGGAGCGCCGCCGGAGCGGGGACCUGGCUGUGCGGGUCACAGAACAGGAGCGCCAGGCUGGCGAGAUGCGCAGGCGCUCAGAGCAGUUCGAGAAGUCGGCAGAGCAGCUCAAGCAGAAGAUGGAGCAUCUCAUUGAGGCUUGCAGGAGCAAGGAAGCCAAGAUCAAGGAAUUAUUGAAGAAACUAGAGCAGCUUUCAGAGGAGGUUCUGGCAGUUCGUGGAGAAAAUGCUCGCCUUGCCCUACAGCUACAGGAUUCUCAGAAGAACCAUGAAGAGGUCAUCUCUACCUAUAGGAGUCAUCUGCUGAAUGCUGCUCGGGGCUACAUGGAACAGGAUGUGUACAAUGUCCUUCUGCGAAUCCUCAGCAUGCAGGAAGAGUAA